AUGACUCCAAUGUCCUCUCAUCUGUGGCUUCGUGUAGUUGAAGCCCGUCCAGGAUAUCUGAAGGGCAUUCUGCACAUUGAGCCCAAGCAUCUCAACAACCACGAUACUAUCCACGGCGGUGCCAUCCUCACACUUACAGACACCAUAACGUCACUUUCUCUAUCUACCCAUGGCCUUCCUGCUCCCACAGGCGUCUCCGUCGACCUCAACACGUCCUUCGUCCGUCCGGGCGGCACAGUUGGCGACGACCUCAUAUGUAUCGGUAUCGUCGAGCAGCUUGGGCGGACUUUAGCGUACACGCGAUGUGAAUUUAGAACCCCUCCUGGGGGCGAAAAGGGAGACAGGUUGGUCGCUUAUGGCGCGCAAACCAAGUUUAUGGGAGGAGCAAAGGCCGUCACCAAGUUCAGUAAAGACGGGAAGACGGAGCUGGGUUUAGAAGAGCAGGCAAAGCUCUAG